AUUAUAUUAAAAUUAGGAUAGAUAACAUGGAUCCUUUAAUAGGUUGUAAAGAAGCUGUACACUCUAGAUACAUUGAUAUAAUAUUUCAGGAUUCUACGUAUUGCCAAUCAAAUUACCAAGAAACAGAGGCAAUAACAGAGGAAAGAAUUGACUGUGCAUUUAGAAUGAGUAAAAUAAAUAGCGAUUCAGAAGAGUUGAUUGGAAAUACAGAUGAAAAUUUUAAAGAUUAUUACGAUUACCUUUAUGGCAUUUUUACUAUUGCCAAUGAAUGGUAUUUUAUAAUGUAUACAACAAAGAAAAUAUAUCUCUCAGAAAGAUAUCUUAUCGAAAUUAAUUUUAAGGCUUUGAAUUAUACUAAACUUUGCAAAGAAAUGAAAACUGUUAUGGAAAUAAUUGUGGAUUGUUAA